AUGGAGCACUCACUCCAAGAUGUUAUCCUGCUGCUGCCACCUGGCCUGGCCAACUACACGUGGAGGUUGCGUGGAGUCCACACACAGAGAGCCUCCGACGCGGUCCUCAGCCAGUUGCCCCAGGACUGGCCCUCCACCGCGGACGGGACUCGCGCAGUCUGCAUAAGCGUGAGCGGACACUCUGCCAUCGAGAUUCAGAAUGCCUUGCAUAUCAUCCUCAGGCGCUUGGAAGAUGUAGAGACUCGAGAUGGUUUGGGGCCUCCAGCUUCUGGGGGCAGUGCCAGUGGACUCUUGGGCCUUGCCGUGCAGCUGACGCCUUCGAUUGCCGUGGAGCUGCGGCAGCGGCACGGGAGCCGACUGAAGGCCCUCUGCCGCAGCUGUCCAAGCAGAUUGAGGGCCUCGUUGGUCGGGUACGAUCCGCCGUUGCUGCUUCUGUCAGGAUUGCCAGAGGCGCUGCACGCGGCCCUUCCGCAGGUGAGAGACAUGCUGCAGCUGAGAGGCCCAGGCUGGCAUGCAGAGUUGCGGGAUACUGCACCAUCGGGGCAAACCAUGGCUUCCGGUGUUGCGCGGUCUGUGCCAGCGAUACCUACCGUGCCCGUCGGCGAUUACAGCCUUUGGGUAUGGCUCAAGAGCCUGGACGGAGGAGUCGGAGAGAUGUUGGUGUACUGCGACCGCUUGAACGAGCUUUUCCAGGCCAGAACAGUCAUGUCAAGGGCCGGGACCGGAGUUUGCAGAAUUCAUCAAGCAUUGACCUGCCAACGGCUUGCAUUCCAGAUUGUGUACUCGGCGUUUACUGUACCUCGCGCUGAGGCCGUAGCAUCUUUGAUUUGGCACUUUGGUGCCUCCAUUGCACGUCGGGAUUUGGCACCUCUGUGCGUGACAGGCGGUGACUCGGAACGCUGA